CGCCUUCUGGCUUUUUCUCCUGCCCGGUACUUUCGGUUUUCUGCGCUGGGCCUGUCAAAGCUCCCUGGAGACCUCGGGGACUGCGCCCCUCAGACCCUCUUGGGACGUAGCUGAGUGGCGCAGGGAGAUCUGUCUAGACUCGAGCUCCUGAGUGCAUCAUAUCAACACUGUUCCAUCCUCUGAGCCGACGCCACUCCGUGCAUGCAACGGGCGUAUAACUUGCUGUGUGUGGUGGUCGCUUGUGUUGAACCCCCAGUCUGCACCCGGAGACAGCCCAGUAAGUCUUCGUGGACACGAAAGUAUUUGGAAUCUCAGCUCUUACCGGCUUUCUAAAACUUAAAGAGGAUGUCGCAGUGGUACGAGCUUCAGCAGCUGGACUCCAAGUUCCUGGAGCAGGUGCACCAGCUGUACGAUGACAGUUUCCCCAUGGAAAUCAGACAGUACCUGGCCCAGUGGCUAGAAAAGCAAGACUGGGAGCAUGCUGCCUACGACGUCUCGUUCGCCACCAUCCGCUUCCAUGACCUGCUCUCCCAGCUGGAUGACCAGUACAGCCGCUUUUCUUUGGAGAAUAAUUUCUUGUUGCAGCACAACAUAAGGAAAAGCAAGCGUAAUCUCCAGGAUAACUUCCAAGAAGAUCCCGUACAGAUGUCCAUGAUCAUCCACAACUGUCUGAAGGAGGAGAGGAAGAUUUUGGAAAAUGCCCAGCGGUUUAAUCAGGCCCAGGAGGGAAAUAUUCAGAACACCGUGAUGUUAGAUAAACAGAAGGAGCUGGACAGUAAAGUCAGAAAUGUGAAGGACCAAGUCAUGUGCAUAGAGCAUGAAAUCAAGACCCUAGAAGACUUACAAGAUGAAUAUGACUUUAAAUGCAAAACCUCUCAGAACAGAGAAAGUGAAGCCAACGGUGUGGCGAAGAGUGACCAGAAACAGGAACAGCUGCUGUUGCAUAAGAUGUUCUUAAUGCUCGACAACAAGAGAAAGGAGAUAAUUCACAAAAUCAGAGAGCUGCUGAACUCCAUCGAGCUCACUCAGAACACUCUGAUUAAUGAUGAGCUUGUGGAGUGGAAGCGAAGACAGCAGAGUGCCUGCAUUGGGGGACCGCCCAAUGCCUGCCUGGAUCAGCUGCAAAGCUGGUUCACCAUUGUUGCAGAGAGCCUGCAGCAGGUCCGUCAGCAGCUUAAAAAGCUAGAGGAGUUGGAACAGAAAUUCACCUAUGAGCAGGACCCUAUUACAAAAAACAAGCAGGUGUUAUCCGAUCGCACCUUCGUCCUCUUCCAGCAGCUCAUUCAGAGCUCCUUUGUGGUGGAACGACAGCCGUGCAUGCCAACUCACCCUCAGAGGCCCCUGGUCUUGAAGACUGGGGUACAGUUCACUGUGAAGCUGAGACUGUUGGUGAAAUUGCAAGAACUGAACUAUAACUUGAAAGUGAAAGUCUCAUUUGACAAAGAUGUGAACGAGAAAAACACAGUGAAAGGAUUCCGGAAGUUCAACAUCUUGGGUACUCACACAAAAGUGAUGAACAUGGAAGAAUCCACCAACGGAAGUUUGGCAGCUGAGUUCCGACACCUGCAACUGAAGGAACAGAAAAAUGCUGGGAACAGAACCAAUGAGGGUCCUCUCAUUGUCACCGAAGAACUUCACUCUCUUAGCUUUGAAACCCAGUUGUGCCAGCCAGGCUUGGUGAUUGACCUUGAGACCACCUCUCUUCCCGUCGUGGUGAUCUCCAAUGUCAGCCAGCUCCCCAGUGGCUGGGCUUCUAUCCUGUGGUACAACAUGCUGGUGACAGAGCCCAGGAAUCUCUCCUUCUUCCUGAACCCACCGUGUGCGUGGUGGUCCCAGCUCUCAGAGGUGCUGAGUUGGCAGUUUUCGUCAGUCACCAAGAGAGGUCUCAACGCAGACCAGCUGAGCAUGCUGGGGGAGAAGCUUCUGGGCCCUAAUGCUGGCCCUGAUGGUCUUAUUCCAUGGACAAGGUUCUGUAAGGAAAAUAUUAACGAUAAGAAUUUCUCCUUCUGGCCUUGGAUUGACACCAUCCUAGAACUCAUUAAGAAGCACCUGCUUUGCCUCUGGAAUGAUGGGUGCAUCAUGGGCUUUAUCAGCAAGGAGCGAGAACGUGCUCUGCUCAAGGACCAGCAGCCCGGGACGUUCCUGCUUAGGUUCAGUGAGAGCUCCCGGGAAGGGGCCAUCACAUUCACAUGGGUGGAACGGUCCCAAAAUGGAGGUGAACCCGACUUCCAUGCUGUUGAGCCCUACACGAAGAAAGAACUUUCAGCUGUUACUUUCCCAGAUAUUAUUCGCAAUUACAAAGUCAUGGCUGCUGAGAAUAUACCAGAGAAUCCCCUGAAGUAUCUGUAUCCCAAUAUUGACAAAGACCAUGCCUUCGGGAAGUACUACUCCAGGCCAAAGGAAGCACCAGAACCAAUGGAGCUCGAUGACCCUAAGAGAACUGGAUACAUCAAGACUGAGUUGAUUUCUGUGUCUGAAGUCCACCCUUCUAGACUUCAGAGCACAGAAAACCUGCUUCCCAUGUCUCCAGAGGAGUUUGACGAGAUGUCCAAGAUAGUGGGCUCUGAACUUGACAGUAUGAUGAGUGCAGUAUAAACACGAAUUUCUCUCUUCUUUGGCGACAUUUUUCUUCCCAUCUGUGAUUCCUUCCUGCUACUGUUCCUUCAUAUGCUGUAUUUCUAGGGAAAUCAAGAAAGAACAGCCCAUUUGUUGAACCCUGUUGAUAGCAAGUGGAUAUUUCUCUAAUUAGAAACCUGUUACUCUGAAGGACUUCAUGCAUCUUACUGAAGGUGAAACGGAAAGUUACUUAUGCAAAGUGGAUUUUGUAAACAAAAACAAGAGAGCCACCCACGCCUCAGGACCGGAGUGUGAGUGUUGUGGGAAGGGUGAGGAGUACAGUAACUCUAGAAAUACUCUGUAGUCAGUGCCUACGUGCUGCACUGGAAGAUACUUACGUGGGGAGGGACCUUCGUGAUGUGGGGAUAUUUCUGUCCUGGAGAUACAUGUCCCCUCUCCUCUAUGGCUGCAAGUCUUCCACUGUCUUACGUAUGGCAUGGUUCAAAGUCAACUUUAGAUACAAUGAUAUGUCAGACUGGAGUGGGCAUUCUUCAUCAGAGUGGGAAGGAAACAGUUGUGUUCCUUAAUGCAGCUUCUGCAUUGGCCAUGUUAAUCUUAAGGCUUGGUUGCUCUCUUCAGGAUUAGCUUUGUUGGUGGCUAUGGCUGAACAAAACUAAACACCAGUAGAAGUAGGAACAUUUUCAUGAGUACUCUUUUCAGUCUGUACUCCACCAAGCUAAACAGUUUUUGCUGUCUUUUUGGUCAUUGGUUGAAUAAAAUUGUCUUUGCACAUCUA